CGGCCUUUUCCCCAGCACGCGGCGCUGCGCUCGCUUUUAUCUUGGAGCCGCGUCGCUUCGUGCGCUGCCAGCGGGGUUGAGCCAGUCGGCUGGAAUUGAGUAGCAUUCAUUGAAUCUGCGGAUUUCAUGACGUCUCUCUGCGUGGUCCAUCACUUUUCUCCUAACCGGGGAUUUUUUUUUUACUUCUGCCACUCUUAUCUUUCCCCGCUUCAUUCCACCCAGUCUCCCUCCCCCGUCCCUGCCCAAACGCGUGCCCCUCCGCCCCUCCUUUGGCCCCGGUGCCCAGCCCUGCUCUCCGCGCUCGGCCGGAGGGAGCCAGUCCGGAGACGGCUGCACCUGGCUGGAGAGGCUGGGCGGGCGGAGGGGUGGAGACCCGCGGGCGCCGGGAAGCCGGACCUGGAGCAGGAGCAGCUGCGAGCAGAAUGGAGUCUCCUAACAGCCUCUCGGGGCUGAUGUGAAAUUUGACCACCUGAUUCCAGUUUUUUUCUUUUCCUUUUCUUUUUUGCAUUUCCUUCCCUCGCCAUCCGUCGUGUAGUGAAUUGUUCAGUCUUGCUCCGUUUCGAGAGAGGAGAUCAUGAUUGAGUGAAGCCACCCCGUCCGCAGCCAGAGAGAUGUUUCUCCUCCCUUGUCUGGAACUCAGCUUUAAUCUGGAUCCUUCUCUGAACAGCAGCCCCUACAUGGAAGAGCACAAAGAAGAAACUGCAACAAUGGCCAAGCUGACAGAAUCCAUGACUAACGUCCUGGAGGGCGACUCCAUGGAUCAGGAUGUCGAGAGCCCAGUGGCCAUUCACCAGCCAAAGUUGCCUAAGCAGGCCAGGGAUGACCUGCCAAGACACAUCAGCCGAGACCGGACCAAAAGGAAAAUCCAGAGGUACGUGAGGAAAGAUGGAAAAUGCAACGUUCAUCAUGGCAACGUGAGGGAGACUUAUCGCUACCUGACCGAUAUCUUCACCACCUUAGUAGACCUGAAGUGGAGAUUCAACCUGUUGAUUUUCGUCAUGGUUUACACAGUGACCUGGCUCUUUUUUGGAAUGAUCUGGUGGUUGAUUGCGUACAUCCGGGGAGAUAUGGACCACAUAGAGGACCCCUCCUGGACUCCUUGUGUUACCAAUCUCAACGGGUUUGUCUCUGCUUUUUUAUUCUCAAUAGAGACAGAAACCACCAUUGGUUAUGGCUACCGGGUCAUCACGGAUAAAUGCCCAGAGGGAAUUAUUCUCCUCUUAAUCCAAUCUGUGUUGGGGUCCAUUGUCAAUGCAUUCAUGGUGGGAUGCAUGUUUGUAAAAAUCUCUCAACCCAAGAAGAGGGCAGAGACCCUGGUCUUUUCCACCCAUGCGGUGAUCUCCAUGCGGGAUGGGAAACUGUGCCUGAUGUUCCGGGUAGGGGACCUUAGGAAUUCCCACAUUGUGGAGGCUUCCAUCAGAGCCAAGUUGAUCAAAUCCAAACAGACCUCGGAGGGGGAGUUCAUCCCGUUGAAUCAGACGGAUAUCAACGUAGGGUAUUACACGGGGGAUGACCGUCUGUUUCUGGUGUCACCGCUGAUCAUUAGCCAUGAAAUUAAUCAACAGAGUCCUUUCUGGGAGAUCUCCAAAGCCCAGCUGCCCAAAGAGGAACUGGAAAUUGUGGUCAUCCUAGAAGGAAUGGUGGAAGCCACAGGGAUGACAUGCCAAGCUCGAAGCUCCUACAUCACCAGUGAGAUCCUGUGGGGUUACCGGUUCACGCCUGUCCUGACCCUGGAGGAUGGGUUCUACGAAGUUGACUACAACAGCUUCCAUGAGACCUAUGAGACCAGCACCCCAUCCCUUAGUGCCAAAGAGCUGGCCGAGUUAGCCAGCAGGGCAGAGCUGCCCCUGAGUUGGUCUGUAUCCAGCAAACUCAACCAACAUGCAGAACUAGAGACUGAAGAGGAAGAAAAGAACCUUGAAGAGCAAACAGAAAGAAAUGGUGAUGUGGCAAACCUGGAGAAUGAAUCCAAAGUUUAGUGCCCUAGCUGGGCAACCCCUUCUCUUCUCCCCCUGACACAAUCUUCCCUUGUCUCUCAUUCUCUUUCUUUUUUGUCUCUCUUGCUUUGUUCUUUAUUUAUAUUUAAUUUUUACAUGACCAGAAAACAAAUCUUCAAGGUGUAAAAUAUCUACCUGCCCUCUCUCAGUUGUUUAGAUUGACAAGGUAGACGUGGAUUUGAUGAAGGUGCAAAGUGCUCUCGUUUGUGGCCCAAGCCUGGUCUCCUCCCAAAAUACUACACGUCCAGCUCCUGGAGAUUUCAGUUACUUACCUGCAUGUGUUGUAUAAUACCAGAUCACUCAAAAAGGUGUGUCAAAGAUUUUACCUGGGAUAUGACAAGCAAGGUUUCCGGUGCCUAUUUAUUCAUUCAGUGAGACACAGAGUGGAGCCCUCAGUUUUAUAGAUCCCAAUUCUUUUCAUCUACUACAGGGUGAGGUGCUUGCCCCCGUGUGGGCGUGGCAGUUAUAGGGCCCAGGUGAGCUGAAGACAAACCACUGUACAUAUAUAUGCCUUAUGUAAUUAUUUUCUUUUUGUAGUUAGUAAUAAAACCCAGCAUGUACAAAAGUACCAUAGAACAGAACUUCUAAAUACUGUACAUAGAUGUAUCAUUAAUGUAGGUUUAGAUAUAUAACUUUAGAAAUAAGAAGCAAAAAAAAAAAAAAAGAGAGAAAGAUUCCUAACAUGCAGUAGGCGUUUCUGUUUUGAUGUCUGUGUUUUCCAGGUUAUUUUGAUCCCGUUGACGGCUGGCCCUUCAGUGCACGGCCUUUGUUUGUGUCUCAGACUGGCAGCCGUUAGGGUACCUCACUGUUCCCAUGCUGAUCCUUUCAUUGAAUCUAAUAAGCCAUAGGUCUGGGGGAAAUUGAGAGAUCUGGUAGAUGACAAAACCCACCACCAAUAUGCUGAUAUACUGUGAAAUGUUACAAAACAGAUGUCUUUUUUUAAAAGAUAACAAGGGCCUCACUAACUGGCCUGGAGGAGGGGGAAUACCAGGAAAGAGAUAUUCUCUAGCAUGUCACCAAAGGUAUGUUUUUACUUUUCACAUGAGCUCUUGCCCUUUGUAGUACAAUAAUUUAGGAAACUUUUCUGCAAAACCAUUGAUUCUCCAGCUGUAGUUUCUCUACAGACUGUUACAAUGAGACAUGGUAAGUUAGCAGAAGAUGGUUUGGGUCUAAAGCCAUGAAAUUCAUGAAGGCAUGUAGUGAGUGACACGCAUUAUAAUCAUCGACCUCUCACGCUUUGACUCUAUCUGGCGUUCUGAGAAUGACAUCUCGCCUGUCCCUGGGGCUUAUCCAUCAGCAUUUCUUGCAUUGUGAUCUUUUAUUUUUAUUCUUUUAUUAUUUUGAAAUGACCAGAGUUCAGUAUUCAAAGAUUAGAUCAACAAUCUUGAUGAUUGUCUAAGAAAUGUCUCCAGAGUACGCCACAGGUUAGAAAUCAAAUCCAAAGUGUCUCUCAAUCAAAAGAAAACAAACAAAAAACUCCAGCCUUAAUUCACUUUAAUCUGCAAAAAGGAAGGAAGGAAGGAAGGAAGGAAGGAAGGAAGGAAGGAAGGAAGGAAGGAAGGAAGGAAGGAAGGAAGG